CACUGUUUACUGCGGACUGGACUUUUCAAACCGAGGCAGUGCAUUAGCGAUGUAAUAUAUAUAUAAUGAUUAUAAAUAAAGCUAUAUUUUGUGUAGUGUUGGCCUUCUUGUAAAAGAAUAACAAUUACAAAGUCUUAGUCGUAUCAAUUGCAUUUAAAUUCUUUUUUUUAAAAAUGUGUUUAUAAGCGGAGAGGAGUAUGAUUAAUUUGAAAUCAUCCAGGAGCUUGUAAAAUCUAAUGUAAAUAAUCCAAAAUCAAAGGAAAAUGUAAGUAUUUCAAGUGAAACUGUAAAGACGUGACGUUGUAUUUGUGUUGUGUUUUUUGUUUUGUUUAUAUAAUAUUAUAGAAUAAAACCAAUAUUAGGCCAAGACUAGGUUGGUAGGCUAGGCAGUAGGCUAGACUUGUCCUCAAUAGCCUAAUUACAAUUCAAUACUAAUAGCUGGGCGUACAGAGAACAUAUGGCUCCCGUGUAUGGGCCAUGGAAAAACACUGAAUGAGCGCAAUGCCACCUAUAAUUUGAUAUUAUAUCGUAUAGUUAUCCUUAGUAAUUAAGAUUUGAAAACGAAAAGUCAACUAUAUCAAUAGUAAGCUAUCCAUGUAAAUGUUACACUUGAAGAUAAAGAGGGGCAAUAGCCGAUAGAAGAGUGGGGGAAACAUAUAAUAUAGACGGUAGAUGGGUGGGGCAACAUAGCUGGUUGAAGAAUGUGGGGGGGGGGGGGAGAGGCGUAGGGUGGGGGGGGCAGGGGGGGGGCGGAUGUCCCCGGGCGGCAGCUAGUUAGGGGCGCCAAAAUGGGCUUUGAUAUUUGGGGGGGGGGGGGGGGGGGGGGGGGGGGGCGGGGGGGGGACAGAUGUCCCCGGGCGCCAGCUAGUUAGGGGCGCCAAAAUGUGCUUUGAUAUUAUUUUAUUGAUGAAAAUAAUGGGUUUGAGAGUUGAAAAAAAGAAAAAGGGGCGCUUUAAAAUGAAUCUUGUCCCCGGGCGCCAAACACCCUCGCUACGCCACUGGGGGGGGGCACACAAUAUAAAGACUGUGCACGUGUAUAAAGCACAUAGGCCUAUAUAUUGUGAAGGAGGUGGGGUGGUUUAAUGUUUCGUUGUAUGGGGAGGGCGGGUGGAGAUUGAUAGAUAGAUAGCAAUGUUAUUUUUUAUAUAUGAAGAUUAUUUUUUUCUAAAUAAGGCUUUAGCCUGCUUUUACCUCAGUAGGCCUACACCUCUGCCUAAUUGUAAAAAUAAUUUGAGCCUAGCCUUCUAAUAAAUAGCAUAGGCCAAUCUAAUAUAGUAUUAGUAUUAGUAUUAGGCCUGCUACUACUAGUUUAGUAUAAUUAGUGAACAGGCUGACUGAUUAAUAAUAUAUCUAAAUGCCUAGACUUAGAACUUUAUUUAGUUUAUUUAGACAGAUAAUUUUUGUUUUCAACAUUAGCUUAGGCCAGAGGUUUUGUUUUGGGAGUUUCAGGCUGGCAGGGAAGGGGUUUGUUUGUAAAUCAUAAAUGGCACUAUUAUAUAUUUGUAAAAAAACAAAAAUAUACAUAAAAAUUCAAUCCUGAAAAGAGCCACAUAUCCCAUGUAGGCCUAUUCAUUUAAUUAGCCGCAGGCAGCUCUGAAGCCACAGGUUGCUGACAACUAUCCUGGGCCUCAUUAAAUAAAAUUCAUAGGCUUAUCAGCUGCAUGGGCCUACAAAUUAUAUUUUAAGUGAAAGACUAAGUAAUCAAAAGAAGGAACACUGUACAAAAAUGUGCCUUUUCUAUAGACCUACUAAUUACUAUACUGACUUUAGGAGUAAGCUUAGUUAUAAUACAUCAAAAAUACAGGAGCAGCUAAUGUAAAAAAAAUAUAUAUUAUUGCUGAAGUAACCUUCUUUGUUGUUAGGGACCACCCAUAAAUGACUUCAUGCUAUUUUUGUACACCAUAAAUCUUCACACAUUGUACCAAGUGUGUGACCUCUCCCUCAGUGUGUGAAGUCAAUUAUGGAUGUCCUAUUAAUUAACCGUAGACCUAUAAAAUAAGUUAAAUUGCUUAAAAUGGUUAGUCCAGUUUAUAUCAAGCUAGAAGAUGAUGCCUGUUAGUGUUGUUACCCAGGUAAUAAUGUGAAGCAUGUAGCACUACAAUGUAUCUGUUAUUGUAAGGAAAUAAGAGCAUAGGGUAAAAAAUGUAAUACUUGAUGUUGAAAGAAGACAGCACAAGGCAACAAAGGUGUCAGGGAAAAAGAAGUCAACUGUUUAAGAGGAAACGGCAAGAUAAAAAUAAUUAAAAAAUGUUUACCUGAACUCUGGAUUUAAACUCUUAGGUAGCAAGUCAGUUUCAAAGGAUGUUAAGCUAAAUGUUUACAUUUGAAAAGCUCCCGCACUGGUGCUAAUCAUGUGCAAAACAUGAUGUAAUACCUACAUGUAAUACCAGAGAAAACUUAAUUCUGAAGGAGAAGAGGAUUUUAACUAUGUGGAAUUUUGUUCCUAAAGGUUUCCAUUUACAUUUUCUUGUACUGGAAUUAGUCAUUUUUAUUUUAAAUAGUAAGGGGCAAAAUGAUUUAGUGCACUAAAGCUUUUUCCCCUUACUAUUCAAAAUAAAAAUUACUAAUUCAAGUACAAGAAAAUGUAAAUGGAAACCUUUUAAUUAACAUUUACAUUAUAAGAAAAGCACAAUUUUAAAAUGUCAGAAGAUAGCCUUAUUUACAAAACAACUGUUUGAUCAGUUUCGUAUCUAGGCUUACCAUUUUUUUGUCCAGCUUUAUCAGCCUUGUCCUGGGUGGUUUGAAUUUUGUCCCAGUUUCAAUCUCAGUUUGGUAAAAAAAAAUAAUGUUGUUUGCCUAUCUUAGAUAAUCUUAUACACAUUGUUAAUUUAAGAACUUGGUUACUAAUGAAUUCUAUACAGAAUGUGUUGAAUUUUAAUAUGGUACAUUUAAACAUAUUUUAAAUUAUAUUUUCAGGAUUAAAUGAACAGUAGUGCCAUUGAAAAUGAAGUUGUUCAUAAUAUGGUCUGUCUUUGUCCUUGUGUAUUGCCUUGGAACAAAUGCUACUGAUCAGGUAAAUAAUAAUUUCAGAAUAUAUGUAUUUUUAAAUACUUUAUAUUAUCUUUGCUUUUGUUUGUGGCUGGCUGACUAACUGGCUGGGUGGCAAAAUCCUUGGACGGCUAAUUGGCCCCUUUCCUAUCAAGCUAUUGAGCUGAAACCUGGCACAUAGAUUUGAUGCAGAUGACAACACAUUCUUUCAAAUUUUCAGUCCUGGUCCCUAACCUCAGUGGAAGAUGAAGGAAAUAUCAGAUUCUUUUUUUUUUAAUAUCGCAAGUGCGUUUGAUGUGUAAUAUUUUCUCAUGUUUUCCUAAAAUUGUCAGUGAAAUAAAAUCUGCAGUGUAAAAUUGAAUCAUUAGAAUAGUAAUAUAGUUCAGUGGUGUGAAAAAAGAGUGGUUGUGAGGGGGGGGGGGGGGCGGCAAAAAUGGGGGGGGGGGGGGGGCAGCACAAAUUGUGAUUCUUAUAAAGUGUGUUAUUUGAAUGCAUUUUUUGUCAAAUUUUCAAACCCACCCCUCAUUGCUCAAUAUUACAUUUUGUAAAGGAUUUAUAUGAAAAACUAGGAUUUUAGGGGUUGUUUAAUUUGGUUUGUAAAGUUAACUAGUUCAGUAAAAAGUUAAAUAUAAUUUUUAUUGUUAGAGUGCACAGUAAUGUAAAUGGCCACUGGAUCUGAAUGAUGAUGAUGAUGUUGUUUAAGAAUUAAAUUUUUUAAGAUCAGUUGUUCUUUGAAACAAAAAUAUUUCAAGCAAAUUUUAAAAAAACACUUUGUAUAUUUAUACGAAAGCCUGAAUAAAUUACAUUUUAUAUUUUGACUGUUUCAUUGUUUGAAAAUUACACUUUUUUUCUCUUAAAGGUCAUCACCAUUGGAGCAUCUUUAAGCUCUGAGAAAAUGGAAUAUGAGUUCAAGCAAGCUGUAAAUAAUUUAAAUAAAAAUGCCAUCCGCAACCAUAUAAGAUUUAAUGCUGCAACCAUACUCAUGGAUAGUAAUCCUAUUCGCUCAGCACUGGAUAUCUGUGACAAGCUGUUGGCGCAACAUGUUUUUACAGUGGUUGCAUCUCAUCCAAAUUCAACUGACCACUCACCUAUUUCAGUGUCUUACACAUGUGGCUACUAUAAAAUACCAGUUGUUGGAAUAUCUGCUCGAGAUUCAGCAUUCUCAGACACGGUAAAAAAAAACAACUAAACUCAUUGUUAGCAAGAUUUGAAAUUUUGUCUACCGUAUUUUGCUGCUUAAAAGACACUUUUGUUUCCUAUAAAAUAUCACCCAAAACCAUUCUGCCUCCUAUUAACCAAAGAUAAGUGACAGUAAUUGUAUUUGGGUGAGGGGUCAGGUUACCAGUUACAUCCGAUUCUACACAAACCAUUAAAUCAAACUUAACCUUUUUAUUUGAUCCAAAUUUACAUAAAAUUAAACUUACAAUUACUUAAAAUUAAAUUUACAUUAAAUCAAACUUAACCUUUUUAUUUGAUCCAAAUUUACAUAAAAUUUCAGGUAAAAUGAGUGCACCAUCCUGCAUUGGACAUGAUUAGUUGGCUUUUUAUGCUGAAAUAUGGUGUUCAGUAAAAUUGGGGAUAGUGGGUAGGGCUAUGAAAUAUAUAUUGAAACAUUUUUUUUCUUAUUGAAUGCAUCAGGGUCUAAUAAGCAGAGGCGUAGUGAGGGUGUUAGGUGCCCGGGGACGAGAUUCGCGCCGGGGGAUAAGAUCCAUUUUAAAGCGCCCCCUUUUCUUUUUUUCAACUCUCAAACCCAUUAUUUUCAUGAAUAAAAUAAUAUCAAAACACAUUUUUGCGCCCCUAACUAAGCUUGUGCCCGGGGACAUCUGUCCCCCCCCCCUGCCCCCCCCCUCACUAUGCUUCUGCUAAUAAGCCACAAAAUAUGGUAUAUUAUUAUUGAAAAUUGAACUUAUUGAACAUUAUUAAUCUUUUCUAAGUAGUAUAUAUUCUACAGCCCCACCAUUCCUUUUUUGGCCACCUUUAAGUUUCAUUUUUAAUUGCAUUUGAAAAAAACCUGUUAGAUAGCUGAACACAAUUGUAAAAAAGUUUUUUAUUGCAUUUUAACAGGGCUGUUUAGCUUACAAUGAUUUCCGCUACAUAUUUUAUUUGUUAAAACCAUUUUGGUUUCUUAUGAAGAUGAUGAUUCUCACCUUCAAGGGCUACAUUAUAAGUGGGAUAUCUGAAGUUUGAAUUCAUUAUAGUUGUUUGAUUUACAAUGACAGAUAACCAUGUUAUAAAUUCCCUUAUUCUGUAUUCUAUUCCUAGAAUGUACAUACAAUGUUUCUGCGCACAGUUCCACCAUAUUCCCAUCAAGCUGACGUUUGGGUGCAACUGCUUGUUAAACUUAACUGGCACAGAGUCAUAUUUUUAUAUAGUGCUGAUGAAGAGGGCAGAGCUAUUCUCAGUCGUUUCCAAACCCUUGCUGAGGAGUUUAACAUUAAGGUAAGUUGUAAUUAAUUUUAAUCCAUUUGUUUCAUAUUUAUUGUAUUAAUAAGUAACUUUUUAUCUUAACUCUUAUAUGUAGUAGAUUGGUGGUUGUUUAGGGUUGACUUAGGUGACAACGCCAAAACACUGUAGUAGUGUAAAUUGACCCUGCUCGCAGCGCCAAAAACUGUAGCCGAGUGGAUGACGUUUAGCUUACAGUUUUAUAAAUAAGAUCAAAAUCAAAAUGAAACAAUCAGGUCUUGAGGACUAUAGCUUUUUAAUUAAUGCUCUCCUAUGAUGAAAACAAGAAAAAUGAAACAAUCAGGUCUUGAGGACUAUAGCUUUUUAAUUAAUGCUCUCCUAUGAUGAAAACAAGAAAAAGGACACUAUGAACUAUGGAGAAGAAGCCUAUGAAGAAAAAGGCUUCUAUGAAGAAAAAGGCUUCUAUGAAGAAAAAGGCUUCUAUGAAGAAAAAGGACAAUAUCUGAAAAUAAACAAAUAGUACAGGUCAACAAUGUCCUGACUAACAUAGCUAAAAAUAAACAUGUUACAUAACCACGUAAUUACAGGUGGCGACAACAUAUACUUAAUUAGAAAGCAUGAUAAAUGAUACGUACGUAGUAUUGUUUUAUACACAUGGCAAAGAUAAUUAUCUUGUACUACGUGCAGUGUUUAAUUUGAAACACGUGCACAGUGUUAAUGCUACACACAGAACCAGAGUGCGAUGUGAGGGCUAACAUAAACCAGAGUGCGAUGUGAGGGCUAACAUAAACUUUAAAGAUCUUGAAGUUAUUAUAGUAUGCCAUCCAGGUAUGGUGUCUAUGUAAGAAGCACCCAUAGCAGGACAGUACAUACAAUGGUAUAAAGUAUGACCACCGUUGGCUUGAUACUUGUAUCUGCCCAUCGCUGUGUCUUGUUAAGACAACAGCAGAUUGCAGAAUGAAUCAUUAUAUGGAAUAUGAUCCUCACACAUGCACCAUUUCCUAUGUGAGAAUUUAGCACACGGCAGGAAAGUUAUCCUAUUACACAUAUUUGACGGACACUCGCUGGUUGUAUACUGUUGUAUCAAUAGCUUAUUUUAUAAGCGCACUGCAGUAUGUGUACCCAGAACGAUAUGCAGUUGUUUGUUACGCUCACACACCCUGGUCACUGGUAUCUAAUUUAUUAAUCCUAUUAAAGAAUUUAUUUACCGGUUGUAUGUUAACCUUUAAAAUAGCCUGAGCAUAAGUCUACACGCUGUAGGUUAUUCUACACUAUAUCCUGGCUAUAAGUCUGAACAGAAAUCUUCUAAUGCUAACACUCAACAAGUUCCUACUAACCACAAAGAAAUAAAAUGGCGUAUUUGCCUCUACUUACAGAGCGUUCCAAUGGGCCGCACUGAACAAAGGCACACUGCAGGGAUGCCGACCAAUCUCGAAUGACCCCCCAAUUUAGUGUGCUCCCCCUUUUAAAGCCUUGCGCGGACAUAUGAGAGAGCCCCUCCGUCAGACUUAACCAAGUCGGUUUACGUUUUGCCUUCUGGCCAGUUUCCUGGGAUAAAAUGCCUAACUCUGGGGACUAAUCCCGAGUAAUAAUUAAAAUCUCUGACCAAAGCCCUAACGACUUAUAUGUGAUCUGUGCAGUUUUAUCUCAGCUAUCUAAGAUACUAUUUUAUAUUUUUAUUAGUUAAAUAGUUCUUGAGAUAUUUUAACUAGAAGGGGUGGGGACCACUAUAAAUGAAGGCGAAAACUCCUUUAAUGACUAAAUGUUAAAAUAUUCUCCAACGAUGGAAACUUGUAAAUAUGCUAAGGUAUAGUGAAUAAAAUCCCCUUUCUAACUAGAUAUAAUUUAUAACUUAAUACGUUAGGGUUCCCGAGAAAUAAAUUAUUGAUUUUCUAACUAAAGCGCACAUCGUGGUAUUCUAUUAUUUCCCCCCUAUGGGCAGCAGGAGAAGCCGGCCGUAUAGAGACCGCCGGGUGGGGUGAAAGGGAUACCUGAGUUCAACAUUCCGAUCCAGUGCUAGGCGAGGUCACACCGCGCGACCUCGCGUUGGGCGCCAAACAUGGUUGUACUAAUAACGGUUGUCUCAAAAUAACGGGCUAACGGGGCAUACACUGCCACAUAUAUUUAACUUGGCAUGAAUGAAUGCUUAUAUAUAUGUUUCAACUUCUUUGAAUUCAUUUUUAAUUGACUGAAUUGAGAGAGCUUUGAUUUGAUACACUUUGUCUACCAAGAUUUGAAGGAUUUUGAAUUAAUAUUUUCAGCAAUGUAAAUUUGUUUCCAUGUGUAAUUAUUUAUUUUAUCUAUAAGAUAUACUAGAUUGAAACAAGUUGAGGGCAAAGAUAGUCUUGAUUUGUUCACUAUCCAAGAAAAGGCUUGAUAACUAUGCCUAAGGAAUGUGAAAUAAACAUGUGUGCAUGCUGCUAAUGUUGCCUUAAAUAUUUAACUGACAUAAGAUACCAUUUGUUCAAUUAUGCAAUUUUUUGCACAGCAUCGGAAUCCAUUUUAUCUAAAGAAAUGACACUUUUUGACUGUAUAUCAAUUUUACCAUAAUUGAUGACAUGUUAUUUUGGCUGAUUUUUUUUAAAGAUAAUAACACUGGGCUCUUAAAGAUGAUGCACAGACUCUAUAAAUAUAUCGGGUUAGAGUCUUUAACCCUCUAUUAAAUAGAACUAAACAGAAAAAUUUCCUACUGAGGAUUUCAAUUCAUACCAUAUACUUAAAUUUGAAUAGACAUAGCCAAUUAAUUUUAGUUUUAAAUUUUAAGUAAAACAUAUUUCUGUGCAAAGCCCUGAGAAGGAAUAUCAUCUCAUAUGGAUCUUUUUUAUUUUUGUAUGGCUACAAUAACGAAUUCUAACUUGAGUUUAUAUGUACGAUACAAUUACAUUAACAAAUGAAAUAGUCAACACAGUUUGAGUUUAUAUGUACGAUACAAUUACAUAAACAAAUGAAAUAGUCCACACACUUUGAGUUUAUAUGUACGAUACAAUUACAUUAACAAAUGAAAUAGUCCACACACCUAACAAAGGGUAGGUCUUAUAAAUAUUUGUAAUUUUUAUUUGUUCUUUCUUCAAAGAAUGAACCCUCAAUAAAAUAUGCACCAGGAGAGAAAAACUAUUCCACUGUUUUAGAGCCUAUUUUAAAGUGCACAUCAAGAGUUAUUCUCUUUUCUGCUUCGUAAGUAGAAGAGCUUUUUUUAUGACAUUUCAUAAUGUGGUAAAAAAUAUUUUUAAUUUUAUGAAGGAAGUUUGUAAGUUAUUAUUUUAAUUAAAAGUCAUAACCAGUUUCUAAAAUAAAUAAUUCUUAUUGAACAAGAUUUUGUCGAGUGCUAUAAAUUUCUUUCUUAACAAAUUAGGUAAAAAAAAAAAAAAACUUGUAUCUAAAGUUAAGGCAUAAUAUUUUCUCACAGAUCAGAGGAUGCAUCUACAAUUUAUCGAGAUGCAGAAACACUAGGGAUGACAGGGGAAGAAUGGGCAUGGAUUGUGUCUGAACAAGCUUUUUUUGAUGUCUACAACAUUCCUAUUGGUAGGUUUGAAUUGAACGCUAUUGAUAAAUGGGCCUGGGUGAUGGGCAUUAGGCCUCAACUUAUUUUCAUCUUAAAAAUAACUGCAUUUGUCAUGUUGAAAUUAAAAUAAUUAAAUAAUAACUCUUAAUAGCAAUAUUUUAUUAAAAUGACUUUUUUCGUUGUUUUCUCUAUUAUUUGUAAGUUUGUUAUUGUUUUUCGUUCUAACAGUUUGUUAUUAUUUAUAAAGGUUUUCUGGGAGUUCACCUAGUAAAUGGAACCAAUGAGGUCAACCACAUCAAGGAUGCUGUUGAGGUUAUCGGGGAUACAUUUACUAAACUGAUUGGCAAUGAAAAUAUUUCAAAUCCUCCAACUGGCUGCAAUGAAUCAUCACAGUGGGAUGAUGGGCAAAAAGUAUACAAGUAUGUUUAUCUGGAUAUAGAUAUCAUUUUUAUUAACAACAAUUAAGGAUGAUUUAUUUUCCUGUGAAAAUUUCUUAUAAACAGUUGUCCGUCAUUGAACACAAUAUAUGUGGCCUAAAGCUGUUCUAUUUGGUAAAAAAAAAAGGAAAACUAUUUACUAAUUCUGCUCUGUGAAUAUCUAGACUCAUAUGGAAAUAGUCAAGGUUGGUAUGUAUGAGUUCUCAACCUUUUAAGUGCCAUGACCCUUUGAAAAUAUAAUGCAAAUUUGUAGUGACAAACAACAAGGAUUAGGGCAAGAAAAUUAGAACCAGGUGUGAGAAUCAAUGGGUGAAGGGUAUUGACUUUUGGAGAAAGACAACCAUAAAUGAUAUCAAAUAUUUAGCCAGAAUUAUUACCCCUCCUUCCCCAUUGUCUCAAAUUAUAACAAAAUCUUAGACCCAUUUCUCCCUCAUUUAUUACAUCAAAAGCCUCUGCCCCCCCCCCCCCCCCACCCCAAAUCAUUAAAAAAAAAUUAAUCCUUUUAUUGUCAUUGUUGAAUGUAUCUUUACCUGGUCUGAUUUCAUUUUGCUUCACCAAUUGCCUCCUGAUCCACAAAAAUUAAUUAUUUGCAACAAACAUUAGUUGUUUUUUAAUAUAUUUCUUUUUAAUUCCUAAAGAAUAACGAUUUGGCAGUUUUCAGAUGUAAAUUUAAUUGUGCUUUCCUGUCUAAAAUCAACCGAGUAAUCAAUUUUUGUAAUUCUACAAAGAAAUUUAUUCUGAUGAAUACUGUCUUGAUUGUAAUCUUUUAGUUUACAUCUUCUAAAAGAUUCCUAUCACAUGGAUUACUGCAUCUGUGACAGAAACAUUUUCUUUUAAAUUUACUAAGAUCAUUUUCCCAGUCAACUGUUGCUCCUUCAAGUAACCUUCCCUAAUUCUUAGACUCCCAUUUUCUACUUUUUGGACAUCAUUUAUCACAAUUGUAAAUGUCACUGCACCUUUGGCUCUCAUCCAAGACAUCCUAUAACUUGCUCGACACAGACUAAAGACCUGGCAUACCUGUGUAUUAGUUCUCCACAGUACUGAUUCUCUAAGUAAUAAUGAUGGGUAUUGUAGUUUAAAAAUGAAACAAUGAAUCAACAUUCAAACAGGCAAAUAAUGAAAAUUUAAUAAUUAAAAUUGGAUUAUAAAUAAAUUAUGGUAAUAAUUACUGUAUGUUGGUGCAAAAUGUUUUAAUUAAGUUCCACUUUUAUGUAAUGUUGCCAAAUUGCCUAAGCCCCCCACCCUUUCCUCCACAUCACACAUCUUCAUAGAAAUGUAACCCCCCCCCCCAUGUCUGCCAUAAUUUAUUGGUCCUUUUAAUGUUUUAUUUAUCAAACAUUUUUUAUUUUCAUAAUNUUUUUUUUUUUUUAAACUUAAUGAAUGAAAUGUUACUUAAACAUUUGUAUUUUUCAAUCAACAAUUAAAAGUUACAGAAUUUCAGUUGAAGCAAUCAAUUACAAAGAUUAGGCAGCAAAAAAAACAAAAAACAACCAUAACAGAAGAAAAAAAAAAUGCAAAAACCACUCUCCUGUAAGAAGUAAUUAAUAAAAGAUAAAAAUAAAUUGCCAAAAUUUUUAAAUUGAAUUAGUUGCUGACACCUACCCAAUGAAUCAUAGUUGUGUAUGUAGCUUUAAAGAAGUCACAUGACAGUAAAAAUACAAAAUUUUCCCCAUCACUACAAACAUUUUUUUAAAAUUUAAUUGUAAGGUUGCUCAAAUAAGAUACAAAUGCACUAAAACAUAAAGUUCUGAAGCAUCCCUGACAUUUGGUUAGGUGACCCUUGAGGGGUCAAAACCCGCAGGCUGAGAACCAUUGCUCUAAUAGAUGUAUGUAUUCAUUAUUGUUUUUUUUUCCCUAUACUUUUAGUGCUUUAGUUAAGACAAAGAUGGAAGGUGAAACAGGACAAGUGAGCUUUAGUGAAAAGGGUGACCGACUAAAUGCCAUGUAUGAGAUCAUGAACAUCAAUGGCAAUAGGCGACCCAUGUCUGUAGGAUUGUUUGGUCACAAAGAAGAAGUAAGUUAGCAUGUUCCAUAUGGCUAUAGGUAAACCUCAAAUUUUAAAAUGAUUCUUUCUUACAUUAUGUGCUUGAAAGACAUAAGCAGCUUUAGAAUGUCUUGAUCUUUUGGCAAAUUCGAUAAUAAAUAGGUGGGCACUACUUUGGCAGAAACUCAGUUACUUUUUAGACUGCAAGUGACUUCAUAAAAACUUUCCAUCUCAUGACCAUGACUCAUAUGGAUCCAGCUUUGUUAUAAAUAAAUAGCAACUGCGGAUCUAAAACUAAUCUUUUAAUAAAUUGGAAACUGCUAAACAACAUCUUUUCAAAUGGAAUUAAGCUAAACAUAAAAGUUGUUUAACAAUGAACACUCAUGGAAGUUUUCAAUAUUUAUGAUGUGGUUCCUUUUUUUAUUGUUAGACCUGAAAGAAAUAAUUAUGAUUAAUUAUUUUUUCAAAAUUAUUGGUAGUUAAAAUAAAAUAAUAUUAGCAUUUAGUUAGUCUUCAAUAAGCUGAGUUUAAAAUAACUAUUUUUUUUCUGUUUGCAAAUUAGGCACUCGGUUUAAGAAUGAUGGAAAAUAACCUGACAUGGCCUGGCAAUGUCCAUGUGAAACCAAAAGGAGAAAAGAUUUCAAGGAAUCUCACGGUAAUUAUGUUCACUUAAUUUUUGUUAAGGAUUCCUUUUUAAGACCAUACAAUUACACUCACAUUCUGCUAGUCCAUUCAUGCAUGCCAACCUGCAAGAUCAAAGCACUGUACAAGAAAUCUCCAAAACACUUUACAAAAAACAUUACUAAUUGUCGAGGGUAUGAGAAUCACUGUUGUUAUGUGUAGAGCGUUGUUGUCAUGUUUGAUAGGGAAAAGAUGUUAGUUUGAGAUUUUAUGUGCAGUCAUUUGUGUGAGAGUGUUGUGACGUAAUUGUGUAAUGGGAAGUGACGCGUUAGUUUUAGUGUGGUUAGAGAGGAUAGAUGGCGUUGUUGUGAAUUGAAUACUGCUAAGUGUUGUGCUGAGAAAUUAAGUAUCAAACAUAGUUUGGGAAUUGCGGUUAAUUAAAUUAAGAGUUGUGCUGAAAGGAUUCGACUGUUGCUUCGACAUUAAUUAUCAACCUUGGUUUGUGAAUUGUGAUUAAAUAAACUUCUGUUUACAACGAACCGGCUGAUGUUUGUUGCAUUGGUGACUGUUGCUGUAUGAUGUACUGUCGAACAGAAUGAAGUGAAAGACUGUGGCCAUACAGAAGAAACGCAUCUCGACACUAAUCUGUAUAUAAAAAUUGUAUUACUUUUUUUUUCAAUAAAUUAUCAUUUUUUACUUAUAUCUUGGUCACUGAUUAAGGCUUUUUACUGACAAAUUUAUUGUUUUGUUCUGUCUUUUUUAUGUGUUCCCCUACCUUGUGUUUCUUAAUUUAUCUUUAUAACCUGAUUUCAGUCUCCCCCUUAUCAUUCCUUUCAAUACCAGCAAUUUUUGCCUUUUUUUAAAAUGUCUGGAUUAGUUUUGAAUCCCCAAAAAAUUUGUGUGCACUGUAGAAUUGACAUGAUACCAUCACCAUUGAGUUUAUAUCUAAUAUCAGUUUGGACUUUUGAAGAAUAUGGAACAAUUGCUCAUCGUCACAGGUUCACCCAGUUAAUUGAAAAUUUCUACCUUUAUACAAAAAAAUAUGUAUUAUCUUCAGUGUUGUCGACUCUUUAAAAAAAAAUAUACAUUUAACUUAGAAUAUAUGGAUAAUUUUCUUUUAAACCCAGUGAAAAAUAUAAAAUAUACAGCCUGAUGAUAGACAAUAAUGGAUGGAGAAUCCAUACAAACCAAGAGAUAUAUCAAUUGUACGAAAACUCACACAUAGUCACAACAAUUAAAAAAGGCAGACUGCCCUAGAAAGGACACCUUGAGAGGAUGCCUGAUUGCAGAGCAGCAAAAGUGAUCUACAGGCAGAAACCUAGGGGCAGACAGCUCAACUGUUGACAAAGACUGAGAUGGAUUGAUGAAGUAGAGAAGGACUUACACCGGGGGAGGGGGGGUUCAUGGUGGUGGAAAUCCAUGGAUUGAUCCAAAUGAAGAUGAAAAAUGUCAAAAUAAUUUACAAAGUGUGUGUAAAUUAUUUGCUUAUCUUAAAACAUCUCCCCUGACAGAAACUGCAGGUUCUGGUUAAUGAACCAUAAAUACAUUGAGUAAUCUGCACUGAGAUUUAUGUAAGGGCCUCUGUCCAUAAUGUGUUUAGUUCAGUAGGUUGUGGAUCAAGAUGAUGUUGAAACUCUGCCUUGCUAGUAAACACUGUAUCAUAUUGUCUCAUGCUUCUAGAUUGUGACACUGAAGGAAAAACCUUUUGUAGAAGUUACUCCCCUGCCUAAAGAUGGACAUUGCCGACCUGUUGCGCCUGCAAAGCAUGCAUUCCCUUGUAAAAAUGGAACACAUGGUACAAAAUUAUUAAGUUCUCACCUAUUCCACCCAAUGUAUUUAUAUUUCUAAUUGGUUCAGUUUUUUAGAAUUUCUAAGUCUAAAAAAACUAAAUUAAUUAUACAAAUUUAGAAUGAAAAGCUUACUUCAAUAAUUUUUAGUAUUUAAGUAAGCAUUUGUUUAUAAUUCUAUUUAGCUUUUUAUGUUGCAUAGAUAAAUUUGGAACAAAAAAUCAACCCCAAUUACAGUUAAAUGCCAAAAAAUUAUUAUGCAUUUCAUGGAUUGAUAUUUUAUAAAGGUUGAAAUGUGCAACAUCAUAUACAAAAGUUUCAUUUUUUCCCCCAUCAGAUUACUGUUGUAUGGGCUACUGUAUGGAUAUGCUGGCAAAAAUAUCUGAAGAUGUGCUGUUUAAUUUCACCAUACAUCUAAGUAAAGAUGGGCUAUUUGGAUCCUUUGAAAGGGUAACAGGAAAUGCUAAUUCAAUAAUGUUCAAUAAUAUUGAAGAGUAUGCAAAAAAUAUAUUCUCAUACAGCAUGAUCACAAAUCCACUAAAAGCAGUCCAACUUCAACUACAAAUUGCUAACUAACCACAAUAAUUUAAAAUAUUUGUUUCUUUACAGCAAAAUCUUCCUACUUUUUAAAGGACAUUAAUAUUUGCACGGAAUAUUGUAAAAACCUGCAUUAAUGCAAUCUGAUUUUGUCGAACUCAAUUAUAGCAAUUUGGUAGAAUUCCACUGUGGUUACCAUACACAGAAAUUGGAAAUGAAUUAUUUUUUGGGGAGCUCACAAAUUCCCUUUGUAGAUCGUGCUGCCCUGUAGCAAAAGUUAAGCUACCACCCUUGCAUAUAUGCAGUCUCCCUUAUUUUUGUACUUCUGGUCAUAUUGAAGGUAACUGUAGCUCAUGGGCCAUACCAACUUGCCUAAUUCAUUAUAGUUAUAGUUCUACUUCAUAAAUAAAAUCAACUUGUAAUAUCAUCAAAAACCAACCAUUACAAAACAGUGGCUUUAAACUUAUUUUGGCUUUUGGUGCUUGCUUAUGUAAUCAAUCAAGUUAUGAUCAACUUCAAAGCAUCAGUAUGAGUGCUCUACUAUCAUCCAAUGACUGCUUUGUUAUUUCUCCAAAACCCUUUAUUUUUAGAGUAGAUCUCAGUUAUACUGCAAAAUCCAAUCAUCAUUUUAUACACCCAUAACUCAGGAUUGAUCAAGUGUACUCAGUGGCGUAACAACGGCUUGGCAUUGGGGCAGUUGCCAAGGGCGCCGGCCUGCGUCAGUUCAAAAGGGCUCAGCAAAGCUGAAACUUGUUAAUUUAUCAAGGGCGCCAAAAAUAAAUUUGCCAAGGGCGUCAAAAACCCAGUGUACUUUUCUUAUUUUAAAAUUAUCAUUAGGUGACAAGUUAUGUUAUGUUUCUAUUUAUUUUAUUCCUCUAUACAGCACAAUGUAUCAGACAAAAAGUUCUGGAAUGGAAUGAUGGGUGAACUAAUGAGACAGGAAGCUGACCUUAUUGUAGCUCCUUUGACUAUAAACCCUGAGAGGGCCAAUGAUAUAGAUUUUACUAAGCCCUUUAAGUACCAAGGUCUUAAUAUUUUGGUUAGAAAAGUGAGUUGAAAAAUCACAAUUUUUCUGUAAAAUGCAUGUUUUCUAUUGUAAUUACAUCAAAUUCCAAUAAGAUUUUCCAAUACUUCAUUAUGGCUGAAAGAUUUUGUAAUUUAAAAAAGAAUUUCUUAACCCUGAGAUGGGACAAUUUGCCACCAUUUUUUGCCAAAAAGCCAUUUUUCUGAUGGCCAUGAGCAGACAAAGAAAUUGUUGAAUUAUAUAAGAGAUAUUUUUAAAUACACAUAAUUAUAAAAAUAUUGACAUUUCAAAACAUACAUAAGUAAAUAACAGUUAUAUAUUUUAUUGGGGGACGGGGACGGGGACGGGGGGGGGGGGUUGGCACUAAAAUAGUGGGAACAAAUUGUCAUAGAUCCAUUUUCCCUUAUAUAUGUUGCAAAACUUACUUUUUUUUUUUCCUGGAAUAUAUUUUGUAAACAUUUUUUGAAGAUUCUUUUAAAAUUUUUAAUAAGUUUAAAAAAUUUCAAAAAUUUUUUGGUUUAAUAAUUAACCUUUUUUAUAAAUAUUGACAUUUAAAAACAUACAAAAGUAAAAAACAGGUAUAUAUUUUAUUGGGGGGCGGGGGCGGGGGCGGGGGGGGGGGGUUGGCACUAAAAUAGUGGGAACAAAUUGUCAUAGAUCCAUUUUCCCUUAUAUAUGUUGCAAAACUUACUUUUUUUGUUUCCUGGAAUAUAUAUUGUAAACAUAUUGUGAAGAUUCUUUUAAAAUUUUCAACAAGUUUACAAAAUUUCAAAAAUUUUCUGGUUUAAUAAUUAACCUUUUUUAAAAAUGUCUGUGCUUAUUUGGCUCUAAACCCACAAGCAACCAAAUCACUUAUUUGAAUUGGAAUACCAUUCAAAUGUAUUAUCAAUAAUUACAUGGAUCAAUUUCAGAUACAUCUACAAAGGUUUUAGUUUUAUUGGAUUAUAAAAUUGAUUUUGUUAUGGAUUACCUUUAAAAUCAGUCUACAAUUUAUCUGUUUUAUUCAUUGCUAAAUGCUAAAGGAAAUUAAUUUUAAUGAAACUGAAGAAUUCAUAAAUAAUAUGGUAAUAUCAUUUAAAAUCUUUGUGAAUUCCAAAUUUGCAGACCCAAAAAGAUUCAAGUUUAGCUUCUUUCCUUCAACCUUUUCAAGACACCUUGUGGAUCCUAGUUGGUCUAUCUGUACAUGUUGUUGCUCUCGUCCUGUAUUUGCUUGACCGCUUCUCUCCCUUUGGGCGCUUCAAGUUGGCCAAAAGUGAUGACACAGAGGAGGAUGCUCUGAACCUUUCUAGUGCAAUGUGGUUUUCAUGGGGUGUUUUACUUAAUAGUGGAAUCGGUGAAGGCAAGUGCAAUUUUGGACAAUAAUUUGUUAUAUAGCUUUUAUUUUCAUAGCUAAUAUGCAUACAAACAUAGAUAAUUAAUUAUCAUUAAAUUAAAAACAACCUCCUUGAACAUGCAAGGUACACCUCGAAGCUUCAGUGCCCGUGUUCUUGGCAUGGUGUGGGCCGGCUUUGCAAUGAUCAUUGUAGCCUCUUACACUGCCAAUCUGGCUGCUUUCCUUGUGUUGGAUAGACCAGAAGCUCUCAUUUCUGGGAUUGAUGACCCCAGGGUAACUUGCUUUCUAUAAUAUACCAAAACAUAUUAAGUCCCCCUCCAUUUUAAAAAAAAAAUAUUCUGAUUUCAAAAUUAAUAAUUAAUUUUACAUUUCGCAACAAUUUUGUUAGUAAUGAAUUAGUAGAAGCUUUAAUUUUAAAGAAAUUAUAUUUUCAAAUCAGUUUUUUACAAACUAAUUAAAAUAUAAUAAUGUUUUUUUUUUCCAUUCUCUAAGUCAAAAUGUUCAAUAUCAUUAACUAUUUAAAUGAUUGUUAAUGCUGUUAAAUGAACUAUCUUUUUGUAGCAAAGUCUUAACUAUCAACAUAUUUAUUUCAGCUUCGAAAUCCCAAUGAAAAAUUCAAGUAUGCUACUGUGAAAGGAAGUGCUGUGGAAAUGUAUUUCAAAAGACAAGUUGAAUUGUCAACAAUGUACAGAAAUAUGGAAAAUCAGAAGAAGUAUUUAACUGCUGAAGCUGCCAUUGAAGACAUAAGAAAAGGGUGUGUUCUUCCUUAUCAAAUUCUUUUCCAAAGCUCUUCAUAUUUUUGCUAAUAACUUUCUACAAUGCAAUUUAAGCUAAUUUUAUCAUCAUAGAUCAAUGAAUGUUCUUUAAAUUAUUACAAGAAACCGUGAUAAUAGCUACAGCCAAUGCAUAUUUUAUUUAGCCUACAGUAUACACUCCUUCAUAAGCCUGUUCACUCACAAGCCAUGUAACCCAUUCAUAAGCCAACCCCAUAAAUUAAUGUGUCAGUAGAAACAAUACAGUAGUACAGAAAAUAUUAUAUUUAUUAAAUCAAACUUUAGAGAAAAAAUAUCAUGUAAGCAAAAAUACUUAAAAACUAAAAAAACAGACACUAUCAUGUAUGUGCAUCUACCAAUAUGUACAGUAACCUUUCAGGAAAUUUCCAAGAAUAGAACCUCUUUGAUCUAGAUUAUUCAAAUUAGGUAAUUAUAUAGCCAUUCACUGCAGUUGUAAAAUGAGGACAAAAUGCAUGACAAAAUUUUGCAUAACACUCUCUGUUGCUGUGCGUUAAUUACUUUUUUCUUUAUUCUAUUCUAUAAUAUGAUCAAUGUACCAGAGAUAAUAAAAAGGUACCAUCACCCACUCAUUAAUUGAACACCUCAGUUAUUCCCCUGAAAAAUGUUUUUUAAAUUUUGCUCUUAAACGAAUAUAUUCGGAGAUUUUAAAAAAUCCCAUACAAAACUACAUUUUUCUUAAAUUUCGAUUGCUGGGUAUAACUCUUUUACAGUCAAUAUUUAUUUAUUAAAUUUUUACUCUUCAUUUAUCAUACAGAGAACUUCAAGCAUUCAUCUGGGAUUCUCCUCGCCUGGAAUAUGAGGCUGCUAGUGACUGUGAUCUGACAACUGCUGGCGAUUUGUUUGGAAGGUCAGGUCUAGGAAUCGGCUUGCCAAAAAAUAGUCCCUGGACUCAUGAUGUCUCUAUGGCUGUUUUAAGGAUGCAUGAAAGUAAAUAUUAUUCUUUCCAGCAGCUACUUUGUUAAUUUUAAUGUUUGCUCACCCUGAAAAAUUUCAACACCACCAAAAUUUUAAAAAUAUAUUUUAAAUCUAACUUGUUUUCAGCCAUCAAUAUUAGAGAAAUAUUUUCACAAAACUUUUUCAUUAAACACUCUCUGCUGUAGAAGGCUUUAAACCAAAAUGUACAUUCUUUGUUGUGCCAUCCUACUUCAUUACCCUGUUAGUUUUUGCCUUUCAAUCUUUAUCCUACCAUAGUCCAAGGCUCUUUUUAUUGCUUCUUACUUCAAACACUUGUUGUUUAAUGACCAGGUUAUCAUAUUUUUAUUGUUCCAAAAACCUCAAAGUUUUAUAUUUUGACAAUUGUAGGUGGUUUUAUGGAGCAACUAGAUAAUCGUUGGAUUCUAGUGGACAGUAAAUCCAAUUGCCCAGAAAGUAAUUCGGCUCCUGCUACAUUAGGCUUGACCAACAUGGCUGGUGAGUUGUAGACCAGCCACAAACUCUUAGUUAAGCUUGUUACUGGGGUUAUUUCUUAUUUUAGGUGUUGUGAUGUGAGUAGUGGCUGUCUAUUAUUGCUUAUUUUAGAUGUCUUCAUGAUGGUAGCAGUCGUAACAUUGAUUGUUGCUUAUUUUAGAUGUCUUCAUGAUGGUAGCAGUCGUAACAUUGAUUAUUGCUUAUUUUAGAUGUCUUCAUGAUGGUAGCAGUGGUAACAUUGAUCAUUGCUUAUUUUAGGUGUCUUCAUGAUGGUGGCUGGAGGCAUUGUCGCUGGGGUUCUCCUUAUUUUCAUUGAAAUUGCUUACAAAAGACACAGAGGUCUCAAGGAGAAGGAACUUGAGCUUGCGCGCAAUGCUGCAGACCGGUGGCGGGGAAACAUUGAGGUAAGGGCUACUGUGAUAAAGAAAGGUCAAAGCUUAUACAACAGUCUUAUUAAUAAAUAUAUAUCUUGGAUAAAACACAUAGUGAUUCCUAUAAUUAUAAGAAUGAUGUAAUUUAUAUGAAAUGUGUUGUCAGACAAUCAUCAUAUUUAAAAAAAUAAUUCUUCAUACAAUGAGCACUCAUAAUAGUGGUUUGUGAGCUCACACAUCGUGUUUUGCUAGACCAUUCAAAAUGAAAAACUUUGGAAAACUGGUUUUCAUAUAUUUUGUUUUCAUUUAAAGAAACAAUAUAAGUGUUUGUUAUUUAAGUUUAGUUCAGUACAUGAAGAAAAUGGUAUAGUUGUAUGUGGUAUGAAAAUGAGUAAAUAUGUUUUUUUUGUGGAAAUAAGUACGUGUUGUUGUUUUUUAAAUAUGUUUUGAAAAUAUGAUAUCUUUACAUUCAGGGGCAUGGAAAUUCAUUGGGUAUAUUAUAUGAAGGAAGCCCAUUUCUCAAAACCCAUUUUUUUUAGACACAUAAACAUUUGUAUAUUAUAAAGUUUUAAAAAAUUCGAAAUAACUUUUCUACCAUUUUCCUAAUACCAUGUAUACAUUUCAAAGUUUUGGGAAAAGUUCUUUUUAUCGUUUUGAGGAUACUAAUACAUCAAAACAGAAUUAAAAUAUGGACAUGAAAAGUGGGUUUUAGAUUUUGGGUUUGUGUUCUGUAAUUUAGUGAAAGCGUAGAGUUAAUAAAAACAAGUUGAACAAACACAAGCAAAACCUCACAAUAGUAGGUAGAUUUUAGCGCAUUGACUUACAUGCCAACCUGCUGGAUCAAAAACUGUACAGAAAGUCCCCAAAAACCUGAACAUCAUGAAAAACCAGCCUACAAAGAAAAAUGAAAAGUUACAAAAAAGUACAAAUUAUAACUUUUUCAUUCAAUUAUCAAUGUUUUGAAUGCAUGCAAACUUUGCCAUUUUUUGGUAAUUUCUGGAUUUGUUUGAAAAGCCAAACAAGAUUUUUAAUUUUGUACUGUAUAACAGAAUUAAUUGUGUCACCAUUUAAUUCUAUUUCUGCAAUUUUUUAAUUUUUACAUUGAGAAUGAAUGCUCACAGUCUGCACUGCUGACAGGCAGUCAGCAAUCCUUUUGGUAUCAUAUAUUACAGUGGAGAGAUUUAGAAAUAUCAGCUUGCCACAGUUUCCAUUGUUGUCUGGCGCAUCACACUAAGCCAAUAGCUUGUAAAAUUUGGUUCACCUUCUGAAGUUGGAAGGCUUGGUAUAUACAAUAUAGAUCUAUGUCAAUAAUCAUCAGAGUUGUCCUUAAUAAUUUUUUGGUCAACAUUUUAUGUAAAUUUGUUUACAAAUCUGCUGAUGACUGUAUUUUGUGGUGUGCACUUAAAUAACAAUUACUUUUACAAAAAAGAAAAGAGAGCUUGCUUUAGUUGUUAAAGAAAGUAAUAGAACAAGAUAUGUGAAAGCUUGAAAGGAAAAAAAAAGGAAAAUCAUAUAAAGGCCUUCAUCAACAAACAACAAAAAACAACAGAUAAUUAGACAUUUUUAAAUUAGCUUCUCUGUAGUGUUGAUAAAAAAGUAAGACAGAAAGUUGUCUAAAACCAAAGCGAACAUGCAACCAUGGAGUUUACAGGAAGUAAAAGAAUUUUGUUACUAUGAAAUGCUAAAUUUUUACUACCGGUAUUCAAGUAAGAAUAUUUCGGAAUACAUGUAAGAGAGUAUUGAGAUUGAUUCCAGACAGCUUAAAACUAUUUACACUUAAAAUAUACUGUAUUAAUAAACAAGUAUAUUAACUAAUGCUAUUUAUUGUUGGUAAUAUUGAAUAAAUUUAUUUAUCUCAUAGAAUUAAAAGAACCCUUUCUGACUCUGCAAAUCUUUCUGUGGGUUACACAAAAUGAUUUGUAAUUAUAGUUUAAACUACUUACUAAAGUCUUCUUAAAGUAGUUUCUACCAUACAACUCUAUUUACGAAUGGUGUCAGUGAUUUCUGCAAUAGCUAUAUUACAUAGGUACUGGUCAAAUUCAAUAGCUCCCAGUUAUAUAUUUAGAUGGCCUACAGAUCUCUAAAUUUUUAUCGGACCAAUAGGAUUUAAGUUUCCUUUGACAAACAAUUAAUUUAUUGUGCCGCCAUUUUUGAAUAUGUCCAAAAUGUUUCUCUAAAUCCAGUGAAAACUUGUACAAAAUCCAUUACUUAUGUACAAAUUGGAAAUUUUAAAAAAAAAUUAUAAUUUACAGGUAAAUAGUUUCACUUGGCAUGCAUGCAAUAUGCUUUCCAUUAAUACUGGGUCAAAUCUUCAAUUUAAUGAUAAAAAUGGAGAAAAAUAAAAAUAGUUGAGUAAUAAUGAAAUAUGUAAUUCUUAACACACCAGUUUGAGACAAAUGAAAAUUUCUGUAUGAAUAUUCAUUUCAUUAGCCUUAUGUCUUAAGUUUUUCUGUUUUAUUUACUUGAGACUUACUCAGAAAAAGAGCUUUUAAAAUGUAAUCUGAAGUCCUGAUUAUAUAAACAAACAAGUUAUUUUUAUUUUCCAAUUGAAUUAAGAUUGUUACAUUAUUAAUCAUUAAUAAUACUUAUAUAUAAUACAUAGAUAAUGUUAAUUUGUUAUUAAAAAUGAUAGUGUCCAACUGAAGGAUAGACAACAAUUAUUUUUUUUAAAAUCAGUGGCAAUGCUAAUAAUUAUGAUUUGAGAUACUGUCCACUGUCCUGCCUUUUUUUUUGGACAUCAUGUUAAUAUAAAGUAUAUAUAAAUUGUUGCCUUGAAGGCUAGUUACAUUACAUAUCUGCUAGUAUUUGCUGUAUUCUGGUUGAGAUAUGUCCAUAAAAAUUUAACAUAUAUUUAAAAUCCCAAAAUGACAAUUUUAUGCGCCAUCCAAUGUAUUAAUGAAACUGGUGAGGACUGUGGACUUGAUCCUGUGGAGAAGAUCAUAAGUGCUUCAAUACAUUACAAAUGUUGAUGUGCAUUUAUUAUGAUUAUAAAGGCUUAUAUGAUUAUUCAUUAAAAUAUUAAUGUUAUCUAUAAACCAUGUUAUCAUGCAUGAGUAAAAAAAAAUGUAUUGUAAUCUCACUUUGAACAGAAGAGAAAGAAACUGAGGGAGACAUGGCAGUACUUACAUGCCCUUCGUGAUUCACAAGAUUUAGAGAUCAAGUAGGAAAUAAAUUGGAAGAUUAGCUUCUGAUGGCACCUUGGUUUCAGUUCAUUGCAUUAGCACUGAAAACUUCAUUAAUCAAUUUAGAAUAGUUCAUAGAAUACUUCUAACUCACCCAAUUUUGUUUUUAUUGCAUUAUUCUUCAGAUCAUGUUCGAAAACUAAUAACUAGUUCUUGUUUGUGAAUACCAUAUUAAAUUCUUGUGUUUUAACUGCUGGGUACCUCAAGAUGAAGAAAUAUAUCAGAAUGUUUAAAUUUUAAAAAUUGGUUAACGUUUGCUGAAACUUUUAUUGUCAGAUUCUUGUGUUAUUUCACAAGGUUUUGGAUUGCUGCUAAAGCUUUUGCAAAAAAUAAUUUUUUUAUUUCAAUAGCCUAAAAAGGUUUUACACAUUAAGGGGGCUUAUUUCAAAUUCCUUUUUUUUUUUUUUUUUUUUUUUUUUUUUUUUUUUUUUUUUUUUUUUUUUUAUUUUUUUUUAUUUUUUAAUAAUUUUUUUUUUUUUAUUUUUUUUUUUUUUUUUUUGUGCAUGUCUUUAAACCAGUUUAUGCAAGUUUCACAAAUUUUUUAUUAGUAACUUCAAUCAGAACCCUUUGUGAGUUUGAGAAAAAUAAUCAUCUAUUAUAUCAUUACUUUUUUUGUAAAUUCAAGAAUAUCUUAGCCAAAUAUUCUUUGGUUUGGGAUGAGCCUUGGUGACAGUUGCUUUUUAAAAUCACUGCUAACAAGCUUUUUUUUUUUCAAUUGCUUGAAAGGAGCCGAAGUAAAUAAUGUCAUGCACAAUCAAUGAAUCUAUUUUAACCCAGUUAUAGUCCUUACAUUUUAAUUCAGAGCUUUCCAAACAGUGUGUCACAAGCAGGGUGUAGUUGUGUUGUGCGAAAAUAAGCCAAUACCAAUGUGCAUGUAUUUUCAGACUUCAAAUAACCCAAAAGUAUGGGCACACCAGUACAUUAUCAUUUUGUCACAAGGCUUUAUUUUUCAAAGUAAAAGGUUGUGAUCUGGUAUCUUUUUUCUUUCCAUAGAACAAUACAAGGGGAUGCCAGUGUAGCCAAGAUUUUGUUUUUGUUAAGCCACAUACGUUUGUAAAAUUGGUUAGACGUUGUUUUGUGUGGUCUUUUCUUGUUGGGGUUCGCAUAGCUUAAAAUUUAAAUCAUCCACUUAGCAUCAGUUACCCAAGCUCCUCUAGAUUCAUACAAAAUGUAGCAUUCUGUUGCUUUAUCUUUGCUGGUUAUCUGAUGCCACUGAACCUCUAUUCAUUAAUUGGGCAUUGAAUCAUCUUCAAAAUAAAUGAAUUUGUAAUUAAGAAAUGAAACGCUAUUGAAGAUUAACUUUGCCAUGCAGUGGCUAUAGAGUAAACUCUGCAAUAAUUAUCUGUCUAAUAGUGGCUCUUGAGUUUGUAUAAGAAAUAUUUUUCAGCCAAAUUUUUGCAUUAAAUAUUGUUAGUUCAUCGUUUGAAAUCGACCAUAACCAUUUUAAACAUCGAAUUUAUGCUGGAUCUGAAUCUGUCUGUGGGUAGGCAGAUGACUGGUCAGGCCAAUUCUGGUAUGAAAUAUUCUUGUGUAGAAGGUGCAGGGGAUGGAUGGGUCAGAAACGCAGAGUUGAUUCUGGCUUUUCUAGAUUGCCUUUUGUGCUUUGUGGUAGCCAUACUGUUUGCCUCAUGUUGCAAGGAGUCUUUUUGUAGGGAGAAACGCCACAAGUAUGGAUCCUUUGCAGACUGUCCAGAUUUAUGUUUAAUGAUGCUUUCAAGGUGUCUUUAAAACAUUUCUUCUUUCCCCCAGAAAACUACCAGCAUAAACUAUUUCUUUGGGCAAGCAGUCCUCUAACAUUCUAGCAACAUAUUCCACCCAGCAAAGCUGGGAUCUUUAUUAGAAAGGCAUAUGAGAUCUGUGUCUUGGAGCUUGUCCUGCCAUUUGAUGCUGAGGAUUUUCCUGAGGCUCAUUGUGUGAAAGAGAUUUAGCUUUCAAGCAUAGCAUUGAUAAACUGUCCACAUUUCACAGGCAUAGAAUAGCGUCGAGAGUGCAGCCGCCUCGUAAACUUUUAUUUUGGUUUGGGUGCCAAUGCUUAGACAUUUUUCAGAGGGUAGCUCAUAUUUAUAGUAAUAGAAGGGAGAUUUGUCUAUAAUGUUAAAAGUAUCUCACUGGCCAUUAAAAGUAAGGAAAAGUGAAUUAAAGCAUCAUUGAGUACUCAAUAUGUAUCAUGACGCUUUCUGCGUCAUUCACCAAUGAAUCCGAAUAUAACAGAUAAAGCUGAAGAAGGAAUUUACUUGGCUAAAAAAUAAAUUGUCACCCACAAUCACCACUACUUACUGCUGAAACUAUCCAAAAUGGAACCUUGCUCUGCUAUUUUUUAAACUAGAAUUCGGAAGACAUAUUUAAGACAUAUCUGAUAUAUUAAACUGCAAAUGGACACUUUUCAAGAUGAUAAAACGUUGAUCUUUGCAUUGCAAAUAGACUAAUAACUGGAUGUCAGUGGGUUAGAAUAAAUGCUAGUCUGGAUACGUUUAAACUGGUAAAACAUAAGGGUGCGUCUCAAGAUGGUGCAUGGUUUAUAAAAAGUGUUGGAAUGCGAUAAAGCUUUAAAAUAUAUUAAUAAGACACGAACAAAUUGUGUCAAUAGAACAAUAUGAGUUAGCUUUAAUAAUAAUUGUACAAUAUACAGAAUUAAACGUUUCGGCACAUGCCUUCAUCAGUACAAACAAACACAACACAUUUAAAUAAGUAUAAAUUAAAUUUACAUAAUGUCAAUAUANUUUUGUCAGGUUUAAGCGCCCUCUCCUAUAUUUUUUCUGUUUUAGGUAGGAUAUAUAUAUUGACAUUAUGUAAAUUUAAUUUAUACUUAUUUAAAUGUGUUGUGUUUGUUUGUACUGAUGAAGGCAUGUGCCGAAACGUUUAAUUCUGUAUAUUGUACAAUUAUUAUUAAAGCUAACUCAUAUUGUUCUAUUGACACAAUUUGUUCGUGUCUUAUUAAUACAUGGUUUAUAAAGUGUGUCCCCCAACAUUAAACAUUUGGAAAGCUCUGAUUUCAAUCUUAUAAUUACAGUAAGCAGCAAAUUUUAAAACUUUCAGAAAAUUUCAAGGUGGAAGCAUAAGGAACAAUUAGUAAACUACAAAAACUGUUCAUAAAUAUCUGAGGUUAUGGUUUGACUUAACAUAAAUGUAUUAAAUGAAAUGUAAUGCAAUGUAAUAAUUGAAACAAAAUUUUAGGUUUUAACAUUUAAAGACAACAAAAAAUUUAUAUAAAAUUUUGUCAGAAUUAAUUUUAUAUACAAUUUAAGAUUGAUAAAAUAGUGCUUUUUCCCUUUGCAUGAGAAUUGUAAAAUAAUGUAUAUUAAGUGAUGAUGAUUUUACAUAACUACAACAUUUUUUAUUAAUUUUUUUUUUCUAAAACUUAUUCUAACAUGCAUUGUGUGUAUUAUUAGUUCAAUUUGCUUAAUCCAUAAAAAACAAUUCUGAGCAAAACAUGUUUAUUUUUAUUUUUUUACACCUUAAAUUAAUUUUUAAUAACCAUUUUGAGAAAGAUACUCAAAUUUAUCAGUUCACAUACACAAAUAUUUAAUGGCAGUAACACUAUACUGAGCUGCAUGUAAGUUUAGAGGAAGGAACAACCUCAGCUUUUUUGCAGUAUGAAUGUAAAAUAUUUUUUAAAUAAAAUUAUUUAAGUAAAAGCUGCCUCCAAACUUUCUGCCCAUUACGUAAAAAAACAAAAAACAAUGUGAUCUGGAUAGAAUCAUACAAUUAACUUUAUUUUAAGGGCAAUAUAGAUUUCCUGGACUCAUAAAUGAUUUUGUUAGAAACAUUACUAGCCAAGCUCUUUGGCUAAACUUCAAUUUUACAAUAAUAAAUCGCAAUACAAGGAACUCACAGCAAAAUUUUUAAGUCUCAAUAGCAGUCCCAUUAAAUAAAACAUGCAAUUUUUACAUCACACUUCAGAAAUAAUUGAUCAGUUUUUUUGGUAAUAAUUUGUAUAAACUUUCUUUCAAAUUUUUUUUCAGAAACGAAGAACUUUAAGGCAAACACUGCAGAAACAAAAAGAGGAUCAGAUGAGAGCUAACUCCAUCCAUAAACAGCCGACAUCCAAAUCUGUUCCCCUUGUUACAGCAACAGCCAAUACAAAUGCUACAAAAUUUAAUAGCAACAAUGCCAAAACUGUAGUCCCCCCUCCCUAUCGUAGACCAUCCCUUCUAGAAGCUACAAGAGAAAGUGACUGUUUACCUCCUCCACCUCCUAUGGAUUUCCGACCACCUGGCUACGUGCCAGCACGGUCAGGACGCACUGUUACAUGGCACAAUCCAUCACACAAUCCAUCUCACAGCCCAGACAAUCUUGUGUGAUGGCUUUAUAUAAUUUGUCUAUUUGUGUAUUAGUUGUUUUUUUACAGCAUUUUUUAUUAUUUUUAAUUUUACACUUAAUUAACUUAAUAAUAAUAGCCCUAAUUUAAGUAUACAAACUGAUUAAAUGCUACUGUUAGAGCAUUAAGAAUAAUUCACAGCAUGGCUCACUCAAAAACGUUCAAUGUAAUGGGUGGGGGUGGGGGGGGGGAAUCAAAUAUUUAAUACUUUUGUCAAUACUGUGGAUAUUUGAGGGUCCAACUAACUAGAAAAAACACUUGUUCCAUCAGAUUCAAAAUAGGAAUAGCUUUUUUUUUAAAAAUAUAUUGAUCUUUUCUAUAGAUCUAAAUUUUAUUCAUCUAAUUAUAAUUUACAAGGAGUUUUGAAUUUAACAAGAUUGUUCAUUUUUCCAUAAAAUUUUUUGCAUUUGCAAAUUUCAUAUUCUCCAUAGUAAUAGUGGUGUAUCUAGUGUAAGGCAGGAAGAUUUGUUUCAGUCACACAGAAUUUCUUAAAAAUAAUAUAGACUGAUUUUGUUAUUUCACAUCCACAACUUUGCUUUGGGAAAUGUUCAAUAAUUACAUUUAUUAAAGUGUAAUGGUUUUUAUUUGAGUUUGAAAUUUUAAAAUAAAUAGUUUUGUAAAGAAAAUGUGAUUUUAAAUAAAUUUUCACUCUUUAAAUUGUGAAGUGUUCAUAAUUAUACAUUUAUCAAAAAUGCUUUUUAUACAAAUAUUUUAAAAAGAAAACAAAAAACUUUGCCAUAUUAUUUUUUUCUGAAUGUAAUUUAACUGAAUCAACUAAAAAAUAAUUUGGCAAACAGUUUUUAAAUAAAAUGUAAAUACUGUUUUGAAUAUUGUCACAGCAUAAGAACAUUUUUUUCUAAAUACACUUUGAAUUACAGUAAUCAUGAAAACUAUAUCAGUGUGAUUUUUAAAAUAAGUAAACCUCUUAAUAUUAGAGGUAGACAAAGAUGCUUUCAAACUCCCAUCUGAUAUCUAUUAGUCUUGAUCUACUAUAUUCUGGAGACUGAAGGGAAUACUAAGAACCGCUACAGAAACACCUCAAGUGUUGGCAGCGUGCUGGAAACACUGGGCUGGUCAUCAUUGGAAGAGCGACGACGACUAUCCAGGCUCGCCAUGUUGUACAAGAGCAAAAAUGGGCUGGUCCACUGCUCCAGCAUUAAACAGAAACUCAUUCCUCUCCCCUCUAGAAAGCAAUAAGGCUACGACAGGCAGCUCCGGCUCAUAAAAACAAGAACAGGAGCUCCUCAUUCCUGCCAAAGACAAUAAGGGACUUGAACAAGCUUCCAAAAGCAACGGUUGAGGUGGCUACACUCGACACAUUUGUGUUUAUUGCCUCCCGUCUUCCAACCCCCAGUUCGUAAUACCAUUGCUGAGUAGCCCUUGCAACCAGUGAAGUAUCCCCUCCAAAACCAUGCACAAUUACAUUACGAACCCCUCUGAAACAUAGGAGCCAGAAUGAUCAAUUCAUUGAUCGUGUGCCCUCAAAAUAUAGAAGAAGAUGAACAAUUUAUGUGACCCUUGAACUUGAAAUAUAAAACAAAACAAUAAUACUGGCAUUUUGGCAGAACAUGAUCUACUGCGAACAGAACAGAAAAAAACAAAACAGAAGAAUUGGAAAAGGUGACUUAGCUUAUAAAAGGACGUGAUUACGUUGGCUCUGAGCUAACUCUAAUAAUGUUUUCUGGAAAGUAAAAUCCAUCUGCUCAUGGUUUUAAUUUAAAACCCUUUA